AUGGCAGUGGCGUCUUACCUACAAACCAAAAAUAUCACUGCAAAAAGUGAAGGACCAUCACCCAAAUCAUCGAAAUCUUCUAAGUAUGGAAAAUCAUUUAAGGGACCUGCCUCCAGAGGACAAAUCCAUGGACUCAAAGGGGGAAAUUUCGACAUCUCUCACCUUGUCUUCGCCUCGGUUGCGCACCAAAUAAGAAAAAUUCACCUCGGCUUCAACCACAAAGUUUGUCUUAUCUCAAUUGUGCCUCGCAAUUGCUCCACCUCGGCAACCAAUCACUUUGCCAACGGUAUUCUCGUCUCGGCUUCACCAAGUGACUGCAUCGCCUUGCCACCAAGUCAAACCUUUACCUCGACAUCGUUGUCUAUCUCGCCACGAAAAAUCAACCCCAUCGAAUAG